GCUGCGCUUUGUUCCCGUACGCUGACUAAAGGCUUUUAUUCUGAAAUAUCGUACAGGAAGUGCUGACAUUGUUGACGCAGAGCGUCUGCAUGAAACUCUCUGACCAAGCGCGGUGAAAGCAAAAGUCACGGUGUGAAUGUGGCCGUAGCCAUGACGACAGACUCUUCCCUCCUCAACUCAGAGCUGGAGUUACAGCAGCAGGAGGAACUGUAUCAACAACUGCUGUUACAGAGCGUGGGAAAGCUGCAGAGCGAGAGUCCAAGCUCUAAAGUCAUCCGCCCAAAGCCAGGCAUAUGUGUGAAGACGGUCUUGGAGGGAAACAAGGAAAAAGUUUUUGUCAACAUCUGUCAAUCAAACUCGGUCCCACCUCCUCCUGAUCUCUCCAGAGAAGAGCUCGUAGAACUGCUCCAAUCAGAGGAUCCCAGUGGCUACAGAGUUCCCAUGAGCCUCGGCGAGCCACAUUCAGAAGUAGACAACAACUCACAGUGUUGUUCAGCCUAUGACGUGGUGAUAAACCAGGAGUUCUUCCAGAGCUGCCAGAACGAUCCCUUGUUUCAACAGUUUGUGAUCCUGGUGUCGUUUGAGGGUCUGGAGAACAAAUACAACCUGGAACUAAGCCGAGACUGGAAGGUUCUGAAGAACAGGAAGUUUCUAGGAUCGAUCAGUGAGCAGAACAUCAGGACCAAGAGCAAACCAGUGAUCCAGGAGCUUCUGUCUCAAUGUCCUUUGAAUGACCUCCCUUCUCCUUCUCACAGACCAGUAGGAGGCGCCACCGCUACAAAAGCCAAAAGACCAGAGUUUACUUUGCUUGUGGAGCCCCCUGAUGGUGAUCCUGAGUAUCUUAUAGCUGAAAUCAGGCUUCCUGGAGUGCCCUCCUCUGGAUCUCUGCUCCUGGACCUGGGGGAGGACAGACUGGUGCUGACCGCUCGUCCCUCUCUCUUUCACCUGGACAUCUUCCACCCCCUGCAGGUGGACCAGGAGAACAGCGUGGCACAGUUCAACAAGAGCACAGAGAUCCUCACAGUCACCAUGCCAAUUGUGUCGACAUGAAAGUUUUUUAUUUUUAUUUUUUUGUUUGAAAAAAAUCAUGAUGUGCUAAUAAAAAAAAUAUUUUUCAGCAGAA